AUGAAACAGGAUCGCCUGGAAGAUGUACGAUCGAGAUUUUUUAGUAGCAUUAAUCAUGUACAAACAUUUCCCAAAACAUCAGUUCCACAGUUUGGAAAUGAGCAAAAAAUUAUACGAAGUUCAAGGAAUCUAAUCGCAAAUACAAAUAUGAAAAGCGCAUUUGUAACAGCGUCACAACUGUCAACAUCAAAACCUUUAACAAAGACGACCGCAUCAUCAAUUAAGCCUACAACGUUCUCAGCGGUUAAGGAAGAUGUCGCUGUUGAUUAUUACGAUGUUUACGAUGAAAAUUUUGAUAAAUCGAAACAUGCAAGCAGACAAGGAAUAUUAGGCGGAGUAUCUGAUCUCUUGCAAAAUAUUCAG